AUGACUCGUGAACUUUGCUCUGAGAGGAAAUCUUACUAUGGAUUUGCUGGUGGUUCAGUGGGCCGAUCUGCCCUUCGGCCUCCAGGGUGCCGGCCUGCUGCCCCUCGCCCUCCAGCAGCUCCCUCCAGCUCACCUUCAGCCAAGAAGCUGUCUCCACCAACCCAACAGCGAUCCCAAAGACCCUCAUUGCCUGACAUCUCAAACCCUGCCAGCUGCAGCAGCUCUUCCAUGGGCAUCGGGAUGAAGCACAGCACCUCUGCACCACCCCCUCCUCCACCCUUAAGCAAAAACAGCCGAGGUAAUGCAACACCUGCCCCAAACCAAAAAGCUCCAUCUUCCAUAUUGUCGGCCUACAGCAGAGAGAAACCCCUUCCGCCAACACCGAGCCGAGGCCCCAACCCAUCAAACACCUCAAAGCCAUCUCAGUCUUCCAUUAGACCACCAACAAGCAGCUCCUCUGCACCCCCUCCUCCGCCCCCCUAUAGAUCACACCUAGCAGGAGGCGUCUCCAAUGGGUCUUCUUCAGUAGAUGCUGUUGGGGCUCCAGAGCUUCCACAAAGGAACAACUCACUACGUAAAAAACACCAUCAAAAUGCAUCAAGCAGCAGCCAGGGUCGUAGCCAAGCUCCUCCACCUCCCCCAUCACCAUCUCCUUCCUCCCAGCAGGCCAGUAGACCACCACCACCUGCCAGAGAGCCCCCGGGACGCCAAACUGGUACCCCCGCCACUUCUCGUAAUGGUGGACGGGAUGCUCCGCCCCCCCCACCUCCAUAUCGGGGCCACAGCUCUGCUAUCUCUGAGUCCCAAAGCCGAGGAGGGAAACCACCCCCUCCUCCAUCCUCAAACUCUCGGACCCCAGCAGGACCUCCUCCCCCUCCUCCACCUGUCCGGAAUGGUUUUCCUUCCAACUCCUCCUCAAAAUCCUUCACCGAUGAUUUUGAAGCCAAGUUCAACUUCCACCCCAUCGAGGACCUUCCCCUUCCAGAGGAUUACAAGCCCUUUAACAAGAUCUACCCCAGCAAGAAUGAAAAGGCUGUGAUGAGAGGAGCUCCUCCAGCACCACCGGUGGGAAGGUGAACGCACCUGGGAUCAGGCUAUGGACUGUGCCUGGUGAUUCAGUGAGCCGUCGGAGAGGUGGGAGUGGAGUGGCUCUCAGAAACCACACACACACAGGCACAGUGGUGAAGGUAUCACAAGAGAAAAACAACCAGUGACCUCCUGGGCCAAAGCCCACCUCUCCUCUGACGGGCACCAAUGCCGACAUUUGACACAUCAGCACCAAACUCAGAACUCUUCCUAAAUUUUAGCAUUGCAGUACGUUGUGUUUAUCAUUCCCGAGGAUAAGGAUAGCUGUGAUUUUCAUCAUUAUUUUUGUCUUAUUCUAUCUUGGGUGAUGGCGUUCAUUUGUUGGGGAAAAUAUCAGUAGCUAUUAUGGGUGAAUUCUGAAUGCUGGUUAGUUAUUUUGAUGACCUGUUUUCUUGGUAGUAGCCAUUCUAACGGUGCCAGGUAAGGCGGAAGUUUGGUUUUCUUUUUUCUCAGUUUGCCAAAUAUUUCUAUUUUGUACAUGAGGUGUUUGAUCACAGUGACAAUGUUGCACUGCAGCUUAACUGCUAAACUGAGGCAGGAUUGUGCAAUUCAUAUGCAAUGAU